AUGGCUGAUGGAUCAUCAUCAGUGGCAACUACAAAUCAACGAGUAGCAACUAAUCCUUCAUUACCUAUCGAAUAUCAAAUUCGUCCACCUUCUCUUCCGACUCCACGAGAAUCUCCAUUAACUGGUCUUGCUUCACAUCCGUAUCGUCCACGUUCGAUCUGGUACGAACUUUGGAAAUCAAAAUUAGCUUUUAUACUUUUUGUUACAUCAUCAACAUUUAUUUAUUUCGAUUAUCAACGUACACAACGUUAUAAAAUACAAAAAGCUUUAAACGCCGCUAGUGAAGAAAACGAAAUAAAGCAAAAGAAGUAA